AAGCGAAACGAACGAAACGUCAAAUUCAUACUCGAGCUGUAGGGACGCGCGUUAUCGGUUGCCGGUGUGAGGUUACAAAUCUUUGUUGUUUCGUUUUCGGACUCCUCUCCUGUUUAUCUGCAAGAAGAAUAGGUUUCGUCAAAGAAACAUGGAUCUUACCUACAUGCCAGGUGAAUUAGAUAUGAAAAGUGCUAAGAAAAGUAACACAGAUAUGAAAAGGGAUCAUGAUUCUGUUGAUGAUUUUGAACAUUUGGAUCCUGAUUUAUCUCCUAGUGAAGGACACGUAAAGACAAGUAUUGAUACUAACACAGAUAAAAAAGAUAGUAAUAUGCCUGUUGACAUUCUUGAAAAAGCUCAUGGUGUCGAUUCUGGGUUAGGGCUCCCUUCCAAAUCAGCAGAAUUUGAUUCGGGCAAAACAACCCCUGAUCUGUCUAAUGUCGAGGAUUCUAAGCAAAUAAAAACAGAGGUAGAUUUUCAUUUUGAUAGUGAAGGUAAACCAAGUUUACUUGACUUUGGAAUUGACAAUGAGAACCCUCUUUCCGAUGGUGAACAGUUUGAUGAUGAGCUCAACAAAAGCUUUCUUUCUUCAGAAAUUGCUUUCAACAAUGUCAAGACAGGACAUGACAUUCCCAAUUUAGAUAUCCUACCAGAAUUAAGUACAGCGGAAAAAGAUGAUUUUCAUCUUCCCGAUUAUCAUACCACUCAAGCCAGUGACACCAUUCUUCCUUCAGACCUAACCAAUCCAAAAUCUAUGAAAGAAGAUGAUGCCCUACCACAGUAUGAUAUGAAAUUUGAACAAAGAGAAAGUCCAGAAAAGGGUGAUUAUAUAACCAAAAGAGAACUUGAACUAAAUGAACCAGACAUUUUAAAACCAGAAAUCCCACCACAUGCAAAAAUUGAACAUUUUGCUCCCUCAGAACCAGAAAUUGAUUUGCGUAAGAAUGUGUCAGAGUUUUCAAAUGCUAAUGAUUUCGAGUCACACGAAGAAUUAAUAAAAACACUGGUCAAACAUGUUGAAGAGCCUGCAGUACCCGAAUCUACAAUUAUACCUACACCCCCUGAGUCAAAGGAUAAUGUGAAAUCGGCUGUUAAGAAGAUUUCUGUUUCUGACUUGGAUGAUAUCAUUGGACCUGAAGAUGUUUUCAAGCGCAUUGGUCUUGACGCAUGGUUCACUCCAGAGCGAUUACAUCCAAAAGUGGAGGCCCUGGUAUACUGGAGGGAUCCCAAGAAGUCCGGAGUGGUGUUCGGAGGAGGCAUGGCGAUACUGCUCUCCCUCUGCUUCAUGUCUCUCAUCAGUGUGAUCGCCUACACGUCUCUCCUAGCUCUCACCGGCACCAUCUGCUUCCGUAUCUACAAGAACAUCCUCCAGGCUGUACAGAAGACCAGUGAAGGCCACCCCUUCAAGGAGUUCCUCGACAUUGAACUGUCACUGCCCCAAGACAAGGUGAGAGAGAUCGUGGAUACUGCAGUGGUCCACGUCAACGCCUCCGUUCUGGAGCUCAGGAGACUUUUCCUCGUGGAGGACCUUAUCGACUCUAUCAAGUUUGGAGUAUGUCUGUGGUGUUUGACAUACGUCGGCGCCAUUUUCAACGGAAUGACCUUAGUAAUCCUCGCGUUCGUGGCCCUGUUUACAGUGCCGAAGAUUUACGAAAACAACAAAGCCAGUAUCGACCAAUACAUUGAUAUGGGACGAAGCAAGGUUGCAGAAAUCACAUCAAAAGUGAAAGCUGCAGUUCCGAUCGGCAAGAAAGAGCCAGAGAAAGACAAGGAGCAGUAGAAUCAGUAACACAUGACAUGAGAGUGUAAAGCUCGGAGGAACUGCCUUGCACUAUCGUCUAGUGCCUGGCAGUCACUCAGUCACUAAAUUGUAUCGUCCUAUAUGUCAUUUUUUAUCGUUUUCAUUUUUAAUUGUUCGUUAUUUUAUUAUUAAAAUAUGUUUUGUUCUCAUUUCGCUACCAGUCAUUAUCUAGGCCUAUUUAAUUUUGCAUUCAUCCCUUAACGAGCAAUAUUAACAAGAUAGUUCGAUUCAGUCUUGAGUUUCAGAACAGGGUGAAAUCAUUUUGUAUUUUUAAUGAUUGUUGUUCCUGGAAUUGGGAAGCGUUAAUGUUGUUUUAAAAUGAGCUAUAUAUUUUGCAAUAUUUUUACUUUUUAUAGAUAUAGUCAUCGGCUCCUUUUGAAAUAUAUAUAUAACUGUUCUUGUGCGACUGAAAUCUUAAUCGCUUCGAAAGCUUUGAAUUGAAGAGGGAGAGUUUUGUACAAAAUGUUACUUAAAAUGUUUAAUCGGUUGUGUUGCAUGCUACAGACUCUAUCCGUGUUGAUUCGCCUGUUAUUGCAACGUUUGAUUUACUGCCCUCGUUAUUUUGACGUUGCUUGUUUUCCGCUAGUUUAUUGUCGUUGUCACGUGAAUAUCGUUUUGAUAUCGGUCGAAUGAUAAAAAAAAGACUAUUUUUCAAGUUUAAGGUUAUACACGUACGUUAUCUUCUUGUGUAUAGUAAAACAAUGUUGAAAUAUAUAUCUUAUUUAUUAUAUGUAGUUAUACGCUGUCAAGAAAGAAUUUAGUGUUAAGAUUUAAAAUAUACAAUUUUAUAAAUAUUCUACAAAAGGUUCGACUUAUUCUGACUGAGAAAACGCACUAUAAGUUUUUUAAGAUUUUUUCCAAGAGUGUGAGGUUUUUAAGCCAAUCAUAAGAGUGAAUGCAUUUUUGUUUCUCCUCGUGUUGGCGGAGGCUUGACGGUGCAACGCCUGAUGAGUGCUUCUCACGUUCAGAUCUUGUAAAGUUUAUUUAUUUCUAAAUGUACUGCUGGUGGGUAGACUAAGUGUAGGACCCUGUAGGUUAAGUUUCUGUUAUGUGCUUUGUACACUAAAUACAGAAAUUAAAAACUA